AUUGGCUGACUCUAAUACGAACGACGCCACUAGGGGCGGGCGCUAGAGAGGCGCAAGCGCACUGCGUUGAGAGUCUCGGGACCCUUCUCCGAGAGACUAUGGCGCUCAACAAGAAUCACUCGGAGGGCGGUGGAGUGAUCGUCAACAACACAGAGAGCAUCCUGAUGUCUUAUGACCAUGUGGAACUUACAUUCAGUGACAUGAAGAAUGUGCCCGAGGCCUUCAAAGGGACCAAGAAAGGCACUGUCUACCUUACCCCUUACCGGGUCAUCUUUCUGUCCAAAGGCAAGGACGCCAUGCAGUCCUUCAUGAUGCCGUUCUAUCUGAUGAAGGACUGUGAGAUCAAGCAGCCUGUGUUCGGUGCGAACUACAUCAAGGGGACGGUGCAGGCGGAGGCAGGAGGUGGCUGGGAGGGCUCUGCGCCGUACAAGUUGACCUUCACAGCAGGGGGCGCCAUCGAGUUCGGACAACGGAUGCUGCAGGUGGCAUCUCAAGCCUCCCGAGGUGAAGUCCCCAAUGGAGCCUAUGGGUAUUCUUACAUGCCCAGCGGGGCCUAUGUCUAUCCCCCGCCAGUCGCCAAUGGAAUGUACCCCUGCCCUCCUGGCUACCCCUAUCCACCGCCCCCACCUGAGUUCUAUCCGGGACCCCCCAUGAUGGACGGGGCCAUGGGGUAUAUGCAUCCCCCACCACCGCCCUACCCUGGGCCCAUGGAACCUCCGGUCAGUGGCCCCGAUGUCCCCUCGACUCCUGCAGCUGAAGCCAAGGCCGCAGAAGCGGCUGCCAGCGCCUACUACAACCCCGGCAACCCCCACAACGUCUACAUGCCCACGAGCCAGCCUCCACCACCUCCCUACUACCCCCCGGAAGAUAAGAAGACCCAGUAGACCCCUCCCACCCUACCUCCCACCCCUCGUCACUCUUCCCUUCCCCUUGGGGCCGAGACGGGAUUCGGGGGUGAUGGAGGGGCCUUGGUCUUCCUCCAGCUCUGAUUAUUAAACACUUCCCAGGGACUGGUGUUGAGGGAAGGGGGGGCCCUGACUCAGGAGCCGCGCCUCCCAGCUCUCCAAGUUAGCCUGGCGCCCGCGGCGCCGCUCCCGGGUCGUGCUUCCUUCCAGCUGCCUCUGGGGCUCCGUCCGGGAGCGUCCGCCUCGUCCCCAUCUUGUUCUAGCAGCUUCUCCCCACGGAGACCCCUGCGCCGCAGUCCAGCUCCCCGUUUUGGAAUCCACUUUACACUCAGCCUUGCAAACUCCCUCAGACCAGCCUCACGUCUUCCUGGGGCCCCCCGCUGGGCCCCCCUCACAUUCCCUCCACUCUGGUCUGUGCCUAACCGUGGAAACCGGACUCUCGGCCCACAUUCCAGUCCCAGCCAGCCUCCAGCCCCGGCCACACUCCUCUCCCCCUCCCUGCCCUGUCCUCGGUCUUGUGUCACCACCGCUUUGUGACUUUUUGAAGCUUCAUCAUGAGCUUCCGGGGAGGCGGGAGAGGGACGCGGAGGCGGGGACGCCCAUCAGGACCAGGCCACUUCGACGGGGGGAGGGGACCCCACUGCUUCCCUCCUAGCGUUUUUUGGCAUUUGUUCCCCUUUGCCUUCUCUCUCUCCUCUCUAGAAGGGGCUUCUCGGACUGGAUGCAUGUUCUUCCUAUCAUGCCAUUUGGGGGCUGCUGGGUGGGCUGGAUCGAAAGCCCUGACUCCCAGGGCCCGGCCUGAGCCUGCGUGCUGACCGUGACCUCUCAACCAGCCCCUCGCCCUGCCCUCUUCCCCUUCAAGCUUCAUGCCUAAUUGGUGAUAUGCCCCCUGGAUGCACUAAAAUUUGUUCUCGUUUGCUUCUGGACCGGCCGUGAAGUGAGGAGAUGGUUAUUUAAAGAGAAUUCCCUAUUUAUUUGACAAAACCACCACCACCACCACCACCAGUUAAUAUAUUAAUGUGAAAUAAACCCUGUUUGCACCUUGAUUCGUUUGCUGAAAAUGUGAAAUAGUAAAAAUGAAGUGACUGGA